ACUUAUCAUAAUUAGUGGUCGAUUUCUCGCGUUAACAGAGUCACUGCUAAGUGAUAUCGGCGAGCAAUCAUGAAUAUUUAUGUAUCAUUAUGUCUUCUUGCCGUAUUUUCAACUAAUGUUAAUUCAAAGCCUAAUGAUCAGCAUCUAAUAUCUAAAACCAAUUACAUCAUGGAACAAGAUGAUCAAAAUGAACUUUUUGCACUAAAUUUGGGUAUAAAGCAUAGAGUGAAUGCUGCAAUAAGGAAAGUGGAGGAUAUUAUACAACAAUUCGAAGAUAUUCGUAUAGAAAUGGAAGAAGAGACCGUCAUCACAGUCACGAAAAGAUGGUGGGACCAAAUGAACAACUAUAAAAGUUUGGUCAAUGAAUUGGAUAUUUUUAUGCGCAGAGAAGUGAGAGCUGCUAAGGCUAAGGAUAAGGCGAAAAGUAAGGAUAUACAACGCUGCUAUGAUACCAAUUUUUGUGCCAUAAGUCAGCACAGUAACACAGCAUAUAAAGCCGCAGAAAAAUGUAUAGAAUCGGCUGAGAACUCUAUCAAGGAGAACCUCGGGUUUAUCGAUGAUCUUACCGCGUUAGGGCACACGUUAAUAACAGAAUUGAAUGGUCUCGCAUUAAAAUGCCAUAAUAUUGAUAAUAGCAUAAAGGAAAGCUGCAUUCUUACCGAAUUAGCGAGCAUUAACGACUCUGUGAAAACUUUUGAGGAAAACGCGAAUUUUGUCGAGAUAAACGCCUCGUCCGCAUCUGAUUAUGUCGUUCUAAAAGCCAACAACAGCUUGAAGAAUUUUUAUAAUUCGGCGGGCUUCGAAAGCAAGGAGGCCAAGUUGUCUAAUUCCAGAUGCAUCCAAGAUGUUCUGAAAAAUAAAAAAAGUAUGAUUAACUAUUUAGGGUCUACAUGCAGAAUGGUACGGAUUGCUUCUGUUUGAAGUUUUGAGAGAAAAGGAAAGAGAGAAUAAAAAAAAACCAUAUAUAUUCAUUAGAUUUAAAACAUUUUUCUACAAUUACGUAUAUCCUUUAUAUUAAAAAAUAGCCUUCAUUGUUAACAUACUCUUGUCCAUCUUUACUGUAAAGGUGACUUGCAAAAGAUAUGGAUUAAAAUAAAAACAGAAUUGAAAAA